AUGGCAUUUCGUAUGGCCAUUGAUCUUGGCCUACACGUCUCUCCCGACAAACUCCAACAAUAUUCCACCUCGCUCUCAUCGGAGGACAUUGAGAUCAGAAAACGUCUCUUUUGGAGCAUGUACGCCUGGGACAAGCACAUCAGCUUGUACCUAGGAAGGAUGCCGAAUUUUGUGAUGGGCGCCGAGAACGUAUCAUUAGAUUUUCUGGACGACUUCACCGACCAUGAUCCAUGGGUGCCAUUUUAUGGACCAGACCCAAAGGCUGCAGAGCUCCCCCCAUAUCCCCCAACUCCAGGCUAUGUCAUGUCCUGCUUCACAGAGCUAUGCAAGCUUUGCAAAAUCCUCACACGAGUCAUGCUCGAACUCUAUAGCUCGCAGUCCGCUUGUCACUCAGAUAAGUCCUCGGAUCCGCGAAUGGCUGUCUUUAUAGAUAUCAAAAAGGAGCUCGAUGACUGGCAUUCCUCCCUGGCGUCGUACCUUAGUAUACCGUGCAAUGGUAUACCUCAUAGGAGUCCACCACCACACAUCACUUCACUCAACUUGAUGUAUCACAAUACGCUGAUUCUUCUUCACCGGCCUUAUGUUGCAGGCGGUGAUGUAUCUUCCUCUGCUACGAUCCGAGAGAGCUGGAAAAUAUGUCGAGGGGCCACCACCGCGAUAUAUGAACUUCUCCAAAUGUAUAUUCAUACUUUUGGAUAUCAUCAUAUCACAUACAUGAACAGUUAUUGCACGUAUAUGGCUGCUACAGCUGCUGUGUACCAACUAGAAACAUCGGAAGAAGGAUCUCAAUCCUCACAAUCAUACCAGACAGCUUGGAAAGAAUUAAAGUUCCUGCUGGACGUUCUUCAACGUACUGCCACGGCCAUGCCUGGUCUGGAUCGAAGUAUUGAGAUCAUCCGAGCUCGGAUCAAAAGGAUUCUUGAUCGCCAAGUCUCCAAUCAACUUGAUUCACUAUUUCCUGGUCGAAAGCCAAGAGAACCCGAUUAUGCACAGCCUGUAAACACCACCUCCCGAGCACAUGCCGAAGGCGAAGGCUCCUUGAGUGAAAUACCCAUUGACCCACCCGUUUACGUAUGGGGAAAUAACAUGGGCACUGUGACGAACGAAGAUCUCUGGCUUCCGGCAUUCCCUGCCCAAGACACUUCCUAUGGACCGGAAGUGAUGCUUGAUGUACAGGACGCGUUGAGCCCUCAAACGAGGUCGGCUCUCAUGGGCUCGGAUCUUGAUCCUCAACUUCGGCUAAAUCUUUCAAUACCUGGUGAACAGACAAUGGGCUCCAAUCAUUUUCCUGCUUCUUUUCUUGGUUAA